AUGGAACAAUGCUCUGACAUCAGGAAAGAAGUCCAUGGAAAGGUAAGGCUCACUGGAUGUACAGGGUUAGAGAUUGUAUGGUUUCAUUUGCGAAUAUCCAUCCGCUCUUGCUUUCGCGAUAAAUCUAGAAGAGAAGAUUGGAGCAUUCAUGACUUUAUAGUGGGUGAAAACCUUGGUACAGGAAAAUUUGGUACAGUAUACAAAGCGCGAGAGAAAAGGUCAGGGCAAAUUGUAGCCUUGAAAAUCAUGAAGAAGAAAGAGUUGGAAGAGGCAUCGGUGAUACAAUUCCUCAAAAGAGAAAUAGAGAUCCAAUAUCAUCUAGAUCAUCCCAACAUUGCAAAGCUAUUUGGAUAUUUUCACAACAGGGACACCGUCGUUCUUGUCAUGGAAUACGGUGGCGAUAGUGAUUUAUACACCUGUUUAUCAACACAUAAACGAUUUACCGAAGCUGAAGCGGCCAAUUUUAUUGUCGAGAUUGCGGAUGCGUUGGUCUAUAUGCAUGGUUUGGGAGUGAUCCAUCGGGAUCUCAAAUUAGAAAACGUCCUGAUUAGUAAAGAUGGCAAUCUAAAAAUAGCAGAUUUUGGCUGGGCCGUUUACGAUCCCAAUCCAAGAAGGCGUACAUUUUGUGGUACAUUAGAUUAUCUACCGCCUGAAAUGAUCCAACGUAAAGCUUAUGGUCAAGCCGUUGAUGUGUGGGCUUUAGGCGUUAUUUGUUAUGAACUCUUAGUGGGUAUAGCUCCUUUUGAAGACGUGGCAAACUUGAGAGAAGAUUUUGUCAAUCCUGAAAGAGUGUACCAACGUAUUGUGGAAGCCCAAAUUCAAUUCCCUGACGAUCUGAGCUCAGGAGCCAAAGAAUUUAUGUUGAAAUUGUUACAACGAGAUCCUUCUGCACGCAUACCCAUGUCGGCCAUAGAAUAUGAUCCAUGGAUCCAAUCUUUCCUCGUGUAA